GGGGGUGGUCUCGGCCCGGCGCGGCCUCUCCGCGGGGCCCUCCGAAGACCCGUGGAAGUUGCCGGCUUCCUCCCAAGUGUCCCGCUUUUCCGACGAGCUCCUGUGUUCCGAGCGGCCUGUCGGCGCCUCUCACGCGGGACGGUGGCGCUAAACCCCGCCGUGGCUCUGGCCGCGAGAGCCACCGUUUCCCUGGGGUAGUGCGUGCGUCGCCCCUCGAGGGAGCACAUCUGGCGUCAUCACCCAGCUCUGCCCGGUAACGCCCAAGUGCCCUGAAGUUGGGGGAACUAAGCGAGGCUGCAGGAACAAAAGGGAAGCCACGCUGUCAGCCGGAGCGGUCCGCCUUCCCUGUGAAAGGGGCCGUCGGCCUUCCUCCCGACGCGGGGGCAGGUGUGCUGCGGGCUGUGGGGAGCGAAGCCUCCGUGGCCUGCGUGUUGCCGGGGGGCGUGGGGGCGGCUGACGGAGGUGCGUGUGGUGAUGUCGGGACCGGUCCUGGGCUGCUGCGGCAGGUGUUUUGGGUUUGGCCGGGUUUGAAUCUCAGCCUUGCUCCGUCCAACACCCAGACACCUGAACUGAAACCAUUGGCCAUCUCCUCCUUGCCCUCGAGGAAUGGCGUUUUCUCCACGGCCUCCCUCGGUGUGCAUCAUGGCCGUCACCUGGGCACUGGCCUUGGGACCCCUUUACUGCUUUUGCUCUGCAUGCCUGCAGGAAUGUCUGAAGCCGAAGAAGCCUGUCUGUGGGGUAUGCCGCAGCCCUCUGGCACCUGGCGAACGAGCCGUGGAGCUCGAGCGGCAGAUUGAGAGCACAGAGACUUCUUGCCAUGGCUGCCGUAAAAAUGAACCCUGCAACAAACAGGGGUUCAGCCCCAUCAGCACAGCCAGGAGACUGUUCUUCCUAUCUAAGAUCCGGGCCCACGUGGCUACCUGUUCCAAAUACCAGAAUUACAUCAUGGAAGGUGUGAAGGCCACCACCAAGGAUGUGUCCCUUCAGUCAAGGAAUGUCCCAAACCGUUACACCUUUCCUUGCCCUUACUGUCCCGAGAAGAACUUCGAUCAAGAAGGACUUGUGGAACACUGCAAGUUAUCCCAUAGCACGGACACCAAAUCUGUGGUUUGUCCAAUAUGUGCUUCAAUGCCCUGGGGAGACCCCAACUACCGCAGCACUAACUUCAUCGAGCACAUCCAGCGGCGGCACCAGUUUUCUUACGACACCUUUGUGGAUUACGAUGUUGAUGAAGAGGACAUGAUGAAUCAGGUGUUGCAACGCUCCAUCAUCGAUCAGUGAGCAAGGCUUCUACUGUCCGUCUCGAGUUCCAGAGCUUCCAUUACAUGUUAUGUGUGAAUUUUUAAAUAUACAAUAGACCUGGACGUGGUGUUAGGACAAGGUCACUUCUAACGGGGAAGCAGGUUCCCAGGUCAGAGCCCUCCUUUCCUUUGGGCUCUUCCCCUACAGUUAACCGGUUUGUCACAUCUUGUCUUUGAUUGCUCCUCGGCUACUUCCUGGGGUUUCUGCUGCUUCUUCCCGAAGAAAACCCAGCCUCUCCACCUGCCCUUGUUUCACUCUUGUUCCUCUCACCCAGCAUUCCUCUCUCAGGUCCUCCAAGCCAGCCAGGACCUUUUGUGGGUCAUGAAUAGCACAAAUGAGAUAAGUGUCUCCUCUCCUCGUCCCUGAGGUGUGUGAGCUCUGGCAGCAGUGCAUCUGAUCACUGGGGAACUCCUGUGCUGAGGAAGUUCCUGCUAGUUGGUCCUUGCAACAGCUGCCAGAGCUGGAGUUACCUCCCAGGAAACCUUUUAGAAGUCCUGCUGGGGUGAAUGUUCUGGGUUUAGCAUGGUCUGAUGCUGGAAGUUUUGAUCAGUGAUAUUUUGCUGCCACUCCUGCACACCCUUAGAAUGUACUGGUUCAGUCUUAAAUGCCUGCAUGGUGCCUUUUUAGGAUAAGGUGUAACCACAUGUUUUUAGUGGAAAUAAGUGUUUCUAGGUUAGAAACUUAGGUUAAACUCCAUUUCUCCAUAAGUGGGGAGGAAGGUCGGCUAAGAGAGAUAGGAGGACCAUAGCUCUUUGCUUAUGAUUUUCAAACUAAUAAGGUAUUUUCAAAUGACUGGUCAUGUUUACUUUUCUAUUUGGGACCCUGCUUACAUUCUUGUCCUUGAGGUACAAGAAGGAGGAGUCCUCAAGUGAAUAAAGAAAGAAGAGGUUUGGGGCCCGAGUGGAUACCAGUUCCUUUAUCUUUUGUUAAUUUAGAUUAAACUGAGCAUUGCUUUUCUAUCAGUGGGAGGUGAUAGGAAAUCUAAUAUCACAGCCUGCCGUCUCUUCUGAUAAGACACUUCAAAGGCACAACAUCUCCUGUGAGCAGUUGUUCAUGGAAACGGUCUCCUGGAAAUUUGCUUUGGUAGCAGCUCAAGAAGCUUGAAGUUCAACAUGUUUCACGAUAUUAAUAAACACAGGGCUAAGAGCUGGCAGUCAAAUCCACAGGAGCAGAACCUCUGAUCGACCAAACGACAUCUAGAUCUAGGUUUGCGUUUUCAUGUCAGCCCUCUCUAAUCUGAUAGGAAAAUUACUUCUGGUCAUUGACCGAGGUUGCAAGUGACAGGGCUUUGGGCCUGUGCCCUGCUGCUACGGGGCUCUCCUUACCUGCCAGUAAGAACUUUGGAUGCCUAGUAACCAGCAAAGACAGGGCCCUUUGGGGCAAAAUAAUAUUUUCUAUUGUGCUGUUGCUUGGGAGGCCCAGAUGUUAAGCUCAGCUUCCUCACUGUAGUUUUUGGAAAGAGUUCACUCAGACCUCCCUCAAUUGAGAUCAUCUCGGUCUAAGUUUAAAGGGAAGUUUGAGUAAAACCUUCAUUUGAGGGACUGAAGAGAAAGUGUCCGUCUCACUGGAGGUACCAAGAAACUGCUUUCCUUGUAUUAAGUGCACUUCAUGUAUUUCUAAUAAGAUGACUUUCCAGAAAGUGAAAUUUGUUACGUUCUGGCUUUUAAAAGGUGAAAUAUAAAUAAAUUUCAUAAUUUAUCCAA